CCCAACAACGCAAGGCGGUUGGUUUUCGUCGGGCACGGAUUGGGAGGCUUGAUCGGCUUCUGUUUCGUUACGCUAUACGAAGAUCUGGUGUACCGCAUGAUCGUCAUUAACAGCUACCAUCCUUUGGCCUUCGUAAAGCAGCUCCGACGAAGUCUCGUACAAAUGAUGAUGUCUUGGUACACGGUCGCGUUCCGAGUUCCCUCGUUGCCGGAGCAGUACAUGACCAUCAAGGACUUCUCAUUCUUCGACUACAUACUCUGGGAUUCUUCGACUGAGGAAGAAGUGAAUGCAACAAAAUACGUGUAUUCUCAGCCUGGGGCCUUGACGGGCGUGCUGAGCUACUACCGGGCAUUUAAUAACGACAGCGACCAGUUCAUGAAGCUGAAUUACCACAAAAUCAGGGUGCCUACGCUCAUCAUGUGGAGCGAAAAAGACCGCUAUCUUACGACGCCCAUAGCCGAGUUCAACCGAGAGCACCUGAAGACAUCCUCGGUUGUGUACUACCCAGAAGGUGGCCACUGGUUGAUACGCCAAUGUGCGGACAGCGUGAACAAUCAUAUUAUCGAGUUUGCGUACACCGGAAAUAUCGUUUAUAACGCAAACAUGUCACAAUCGAAAGUUCCCUUGACAGAGUACAGUUGCGCAGAAUCACCAAAGCCGUCCAAAAAGAGCUGAGUAGUACAACUACCGCGCAAGGUACCAUAUGUAACCUCGUCAUGAGUGCAGAGUUUCUCAUACGCAGCGUAGCUCUCAUCUUCACCAAAUCGGGCAGGUGAAUCAAUAUUGCUAAACUUAUAUGUCAUUACAGCCCAUCGGGUACUCGUCAACUUAGAAGAAACUUUCUUGCCACACCUCUCACGACUGUGUAUUUACCACUAUCCUCAAUAUCAGGGAAACGACGCAAUUUUUCUCAUCACGGGAAGUGGUGUAUGUAUAGUUCAUUCAAUCAACGUUACAUUAUUAUUGAGAUAGCAAUUAUAUGAACACUCUCGGCUGAUUUUUGCCGUCGCCGUCAU